GUUUCUCUAUUUAAGUUCGCGAUUCUAGGUUUAUGAAAAAAUCGGGUUUUGAUGAAUCUCGUCCUAUUUCUUACCAAUUAAAAAUUUUAUUUUUCUUCUUAUUUUUGUGCCCGCGUUCUUGUUAGGGUUUGGAUCGGUAACAAGGUUGUUUACAGGGAUCUCGGCCGGGAGGCGAGGUUCUUGAUUUCGUUGAGUUUUAUCCAUUUGGUUUAUGGCAUUGCAGUGUAUUGAAUUAGAACGGUUUUCAGCAAAUAACUAUUACGACGGUGGUUCUGUUGAAGAAAUUGAUUCUCUGAAUACAAGUUUUAGUAUUCCUACCACUGUUUCUAGGUUGAAGAACACUGAGAAUCUCAAGAAGAAAACUAAUUCACGACAUUCCACCGCUAAAUUUGCUACAAGGAAACCUCUUACAGCUAGUGAUUGCAGAGGAACAGUUGAUUAUCUUCCUAAUGGCUGUCGUUCAAUCAUUGAUCUUCCUCCAGCUCUGGUGUCGGAGAUCCUGCACCUCCUCGACCCAAAAGACCUAGGAGUGGUUUCUUGUGUGUCAAUCUUGCUUCAGAAACUAGCUUCUGAUCAUCAUUCGUGGAAGGAAUUCUACUGUGAGAGAUGGGGGCUUCCAUUGCCAACAGCUGCUUCUCCUGGAUCAAACCUCCCAGGCGAGAAAUCCUGGAAGGACUUGUUUGUCGAGAGGGAGGGCAGGAGCAAGUCGUUCAUGGGAAGGUUCACCAUUGACACUCUUCGCGGCCACACUGAGGCUGUUCGUGCAGUUUCUUUUUUGCAGUCUGCGAAGCUCAUCUUCACAGGAGGUUAUGAUUCCAUUAUCCGUAUAUGGGACGCGGUUGAAGGAUUAGCCCUCACUGCUUCGCCGCAUCUAGGGUGCACUAUUCGUGCCAUAGCCGUAGAUUCCUACCUAUUGGUCGUCGGAGGCACGGAUGCUUUCAUCCAAUGCUGGAAGGUAAUCGAAGGAAACCCUCAUCUUUUCGACAUCGCCAAUUCCACCGCGAACCCUAAAUUCGAGUUUCGGCUCUGGGGCCAUCAUGGCCCCAUAACUUGCCUUGGUUUGGACUCUGCUAGAAUUUACAGUGGCUCAUGGGACAUGACUGUUAGAGUAUGGGACAGACUCAACUUCAAGUGCAUUAGAACUCUGAAUCAUGGGGAUUGGGUGUGGGAUCUCGUCCCUCGUGGUUCCACCAUCGCAAGCUCUGCUGGGAGGGACGUAUACAUCUGGGAUUCUGCUAAUGGAAAAUUGAUAGAUGCCAUUCAUAACGCUCAUAUUGGUAACACUUGUGCUCUCGCUCGAAGCUACUUGGGUGAUUUGUUGUUUACCGGCGGAGAAAACGGAGAUAUUCACAUGUUCAAGUUGGCAAAUGGCAAUGAUGAAGAUGACGAAAUUAAACCAUGUGCUACGUGGAAGCCGCAUGAAAAUUCUGUUAAUUCACUGUCUUUUGAGUUCCCUUGGCUCGUUUCGUGUUCGAGCGAUGGAAGGCUGGCGUUGAUAGAUGUGAGGAAGCUAUUGAAAUCGUCUCACUCUUCAGUUGGUAAAUAUUCGAGAAUCAAUCCGUCAUCAUCAGUUAAUGUGGAGCCACCUCAGAGAAUGCUUCAUGGCUCCGGGAAUGGCUGGUUUUCUGUCGUUAUUGGUGCCGAUAGGAUUAUAUGUGGGGGGGACGAGGGGACUCUCAGGCUUUGGGACUUCUCCCAAGCUUUAGAAAUUGAGGAAAGGGUCCGUGCAUUAAGGACGACUAGGCUCGAGCAUAGAAUGAGACGGCGGAGAAUCCAAAUUGAGAUGAGUUGCAAAAGCGGACUAUCUGAUCAAAGCUCGGGGGCUUCGAAGAAGGGCCAAAAAAAUGGGAACCGAAAUGCUUCUUGGGGUGCUAAACGAGAGACCAGAAACCAGGAGGCUUAGGUAAUUGAAAUUUGCACUUGCCUUUAUGUUCUUAGCAAGAUUUAAAAGGUUCUGAUUUCUUAGGCACAUAUUGGUUAAUGAUUAUUAUCUUGAUUUGAGUAGCUUGUUAUGGAUACUUUGCUGCUCAAGAUUGUUAAUUUAAUUUCUGAUUGAGUUGAUU